AAUAUUUCUAGGGUUCUUCGUCCACCAUGGACGUGGCGAGCAGCAAUGCCGCGCUCAUGCGGCGGAUCGUGCAGCUAGAGAGUGAGCGCGAUGAGCUGCGGCGGGAUGUGGAGGCCCUGUGCAUGCAGCAAUCUGGAGAGCGCUCCGGCGGUGAUUUUAUGUCUCGGUUGCAAGCUCGCAGGCUUGCUGGAUUGGAGCAGGAAUUGGAAGCUUACAAGAACAAAGUGUCGGCGUACAAGCGAGAGAAUGAGAAUUUGCAAGAAGAGCUCUCCGAGCUUUACAAGAUAAAGAGUCAAGUGUCGGAGCUUUACAAGAACGAAAGCGAAAAGCACAAGAAGCUGGAGCAAGAAAUAAAGUUUUUCCAAAACAACAUGGCUUCCUCAAUUAGUGAAAGGGACAAGCUUCUUCUUGAGAUAGAAAGAAUUCAAAAUCACGGACAAUCACUUGAAGAAGAUCUUAAAGUUUUUCGCCGCAGGCAGAAGGAAAUGUUGCAGGAAAACGAAUUAAAAAGCGCCCGUUUGGAAGAAAUGGACGAAAACAUGGAGAAACUGAAUGCUCAACUGCACGUCUAUCACCAGGUUGUCCACAAAUUCUGGCGCCUCCGAUCUUCAAGUGAGAUGGCGGAAGACACAGACGCGCUUGAGCAGGCGAAAUCUCUCGUAUCGGAUGUAGACGGAUCGUGGAGUUUUGGUGAAGUCGCUGAACUGGAAAAGCAACUACGGCACAAAGUUGAAAGCCUUGAAACCACCAAUGUCUCGCUGGAAAAAGAUUUAGCCUCUGUAAAAGCUGAAGCUGACCACUUACGAGAUGCUAAAGAAAAGGCGGAGUCCUCCGUUGUCGAUCUUGAGAUGCGCCUGUUGAAAUUUGGAGUAUACCUUGGUAGCGCGAUGCAAGAGCUUUACAUGUGUCAUAGAAGGUUGAAGAAUGAUGUUUCUACUAUGUUUAAGGCCGAAAAGACCUUCCUCGAGGCUACUUUGACUUCUUUCCAAGAGAUUGCAGAUAAAAUCAAGACAGCUGAGACCAGUUGUUCUACAACAGGAAGCCGAAUCACGUCGGAUACGAGCGACACGGGAACAAGCAGUGAGGUUCAAGAAAACAAAAGUGCGCAACCGGUUGUUAGCCAGGACGCUUUUUUGCAAGCAUUACAGGACAAGGUGUCAGCCUUAAUGUUGCUCUCGCAGGAAGAAGAGAGGCGUCACCUGGAAUGCAAGACAACGGGAGCCUUGGAAUAUCAGAUAGAACAGCUCAACGAGACAUUAUCCCAGGUGACACUGGAAAAAGUGGACGCUUUGAUGCAAGUCGCGCGGCUUAAGUACGAGUGCGACGAGUUGAAAGAUCGCGAAAGGGAUUUAUUGAAACGUCUUGAGAAGCCGUCUAGCUCAAACACCGGUGGGAGAUUACUACCAGCUAGCUGGGCUGCAACCACAGAGCCUAUAGACGUCGUCGAGGAGGAGAUUACACAAGAAAAAAAGCAGCCAUCGACGACAUCGACGAGUUAUCUCAAGUCCUGGUUGAGGGGUGGCGGCGGCGGAGAGUAGAACCACACUUUGUCAAAUUUUCUUGUACGCAUGGAGUUCUCCAGCGUUUGUGGGAAAAAGUUAAGAAUUUCGUUUACUCCCACUCGACAGUAGCGGGAGGUUUCGAAGUGAAAUCAUAAGCCACACGAUUGACUCCUCUAA